CAUUGUUUUUAUACGAAGAAAAAAUCACCGCUGCCUAAAUUUGAUUGAAUUCGUAGAACAGCAGAGUUCCGAAAAUCAGCGAAAGAUCGGUGGUGCACAAACUUGGAACAAUGAAUUUGACGGAGCAAAAUCCGUAUGGGAAUGGACUGCUUUAUGCCGGUUUUAACCAGGAUCAAGGAUGCUUUGCUUGUGCUACGGACACGGGCUUUCGUGUUUACAAUUGCGACCCGCUGAAGGAAAAGGAACGCCAAUAUUUUCCUGAAGGCGGUCUUAGCCAUGUGGAAAUGCUUUUCCGAUGCAAUUAUCUGGCAUUAGUUGGCGGUGGCAUACGACCGUUGUAUCCGCCUAACAAAGUCAUCGUGUGGGAUGAUUUAAAGAAAUCUCCGGCAAUUUCAUUGGACUUCAAUCAGCCUGUUCGCGCAGUUCGUCUGCGACGCGAUCGCAUUGUCGUUGUGCUUGAGGGCGUCAUCAAAGUGUUUACGUUCACACAACAGCCGCAGCAGCUUCACGUCUAUGAGACGAGCGCCAACCCAAACGGUCUGUGCGUCCUUUGUCCACACAGCAAUAAAAGUCUACUUGCAUUCCCCGGUCGACGCACGGGCCAUGUACAGAUCGUCGAUCUUGCCAAUACGGAGCGUGCACCGUUGGAGGUCAUAGCCCACGAGGCAGCCAUCAGUUGCAUUGCCCUGAACUUGCAGGGUACUCGUCUGGCUACUGCUGGCGAAAAGGGUACUCUUAUACGUAUUUUCGACACGGAGAACGGCAAGAAGGUUUCGGAACUCAGGCGUGGCAGCAAUCACGCAAACAUCUUUUGCAUCAAUUUCAAUCACCAGUCCACCAUGGUGGUGGUGGCCUCCGAUCAUGGCACCAUACAUGUCUUUAAUCUCGAAGACAACAAGCAGCGUGAGUCGUCGCUGCCCAUCAUACCCAAGUAUUUAUUAAGUCAAUGGAGCUUCGUCAAGUUCUCCAUACCACAAGGACCGCGUUGUAUUUGUGCCUUUGGCGCCGAGCCAAACGCUGUUGUCGCCAUUUGCGCCGAUGGCCAUUACUAUAAAUUCCUAUUCAAUAAUAAAGGCGACUGCACUCGCGAUACAUGCAUGCAGUUUCUGGAGCUGCAGGACGAUGAAACCUAAAAGCCCAAGGAUCCAGUGCUUUCACUCUGCUGUAGCUAAAGCAGCACACCAUAUGUAUGUGCAUAUUAAUAAAUAUAUAUAUGAAAUGUGUUAUUAAAUAUUGUAAUUAAAGCUAAGGUGAGACAGGCAAAGCGUUUGCCAAAAACACAAA